GAUGUCCGCGGGACUCGUCGGAUCGGGGAGUCGAGCGAGGUAAUCAGCUGAGUCUGCGACUCGCGGGGUUCGCCGGUCCCGUGCAUGCUCGGACUUUCAGCUUGUCUCAUAUCCCCUUGUAUCUUCUUUUAUAAGCGACCUUGCGAGGUCGUGAACGGCCGGCGGCACGGAGCCGAGGUGAGGAUGUGCGACCUGAUAGACCUCGACAGUCCGGACGUGAGGGGCGCGCUGGAAGCGGCGAGGCUCGCGUCGCCGCUGAUCCCGGCGCCGGGGAGCGUCGAGCGCGGCGCGGAGCCGGCGACGGGGAGGCGCGAGAGCGACGGCAACAACCCGUUCGACCGAGUGCUGCACGAGACCGCCGAGUACGUGAGCAAGAGGGGCGAUCCCUUCGAGGUGAUGCUGCAACGUGCCCUGAGGCCCAAGGACUGGAGGGGCGCGCAGUCGCCCGCGAGAUUCACGGACGACUUCACGCCGAGGCGCAAGAAGGCGUACCUGAAGACGCGGAACAAGACGCUGGACGUGCUGGACGAGUCGUUGCUCGGAAACGGAUUCGGCCUGUUCGCCGGGGACGACAGGAGGGCGGAGGCCAAGGCGGUGAGCGUCGACGCCGACGUCCGCGGCAGCAAUGCGGCGCACGACACGUUCGUCGUCAAGCGGGAGCCCAAGGUCGCCGAACCGGACGCGCUCGAGCUGUCCAUCUUAAAUCAAUCCGCGAUGAACGACACGCUGCUGGAGGUGCUGCCCAAGUUGAGCGAGAGCGACGAGGCGGCGCCUCUCCCAGAGAGAGGCGCGUCGUUGGAAGAACCCGCCUUCCCCGUAAACGUCACACUGCUCAAGCCACCGAACGUUCAGCGCUCGUUGUCGCAGGGGACUGGAGGCUCGCCGACGGAGCCGCCGUGCCCGAACAGGAGGACGCAGUCCGUGGCGGACGGCCGGCGGAAAGCCAGCGACGACUGCAGCGCCGCGUCGUCUUUCCUGGACAGGGGCUUCUUGGAGAGCAAACUGAGCGAGCGGUCUGCGUUCUCCAGCUUGUCCAACGUCUCGUCCAUAACGAGACCGACCUCUGCCUCGCUGUCGUCGGUGCUGUCGUACGAUCCCAUCAAUCACGCGUUCUUGGACAGCGGCUCGUUGAGGACGAGCCGGGAGAGGAUGAGCGCGACCGAGAGCUCGGUGGACACGAAGCGGCCGGGGCAGUGCGACUUGGCGGACCUGACGGAGAGGCUCGACAAAGUGAAACGCGCGAUGAAUUAUGCGGCCGACGUCUCGAGCGCAGCGAGGACCGGCUCCAAUUCCGCGAGAGGGGACGACAACGACCGGAGCGCGGAUGAUAAAUUGAUAGACGUCGAUGUAUUCGUGCCGGAACAAAAUAAGGAAUUCAACAGGAGCUCCUCGUCCUCCACUUGCUCCUCGGACUCUGUAUUCGCUGUGAGAUAUUUAAUACGAUUGUUGAAUUACCUUGCUAGGAGUUUGCCUGAUUUUAAUCGCGCAAUACUUGAAUUGUUGCAGAAUACGAGUAAAGUCGAGAAGUCGAUACUGAAGGAGGCCAAGGUGCUCGCAAAGACCUUUGAGGAAUUGGCAUUGAAAACGGACUCCGGAUCCAGUAUAGAUGAUUUUAUCUCGAACAACACCCUGUGGAUGUCGGAGCUAUUGCCGGCGUUUGAGGACGAGCCUGUGGUAAACGACUUGAUUGAGUUGCCUGUGUCGCCAGGAGGAAACUCGAAAGAUGUCGGGAGCAAUGGUGAGAAGGAAUCUCCCGCAAGCGUUGGCAGCACGGAAGAAAAUCUAUGGAAGAUAUUGGAAUCGUCGUUCACCGGAGUUACCGCUGUAAAACAAGACGUACCCUCGUUGUUGUCAGAUCUCAGGAAAUUAAUUAAGACAGAAAGUAAUCCGGAAGCUAAAAAGUUACUUGAUAAUUUGGAGAACAUGUUGGAUAUUAAAUACAAGGAUAAUACGGAGCUAUUGGCGACCUAUUUAAAUGCAUCGGACGAGUCGCCAAGUCCUCGGAAAGAGCCUUCGGACAGCGCCGAUAAAUCAAUUAUAAAUAAAAGCGAGGGCGGUAAAGAAUCGUCUCGAGAGAAGCUCUGUAAAACUGGAGAGCUGCCAGACGUAAAUUAUACAUCGGUAGACACGUCGCGAGACAAUGUCAGCAGUGAAAAAUUGUCUGCUACGUCUUCCUCGUGCAAAGGCGACAACGAGGAUCGCGCGAGUACUGCAAAUUCGUCUGAGGAGAGGGACAGUCUGAUAGAUAAAAAGAUAGCGGUAGAGUUGUUGAUAAAUCUCCAAAAAUUGUUGAGCGGUCAAGCUGAGGAUGACACGACAAUACAGUUACUUAAAAAUAUAGGGAAGGCGUUAAAUGUCGCGGUAAAUAAUAACGUUACGACUAAAACGCCGGCCAGUUGCACUAGAGAGCAAAUUGCUCGACCGACCGUACCUGCGAGAGCCUCGGGUUCUGGUUGCAACGCGCAUUCGUCCGAGCUCUCGGUAAAAGUAGCGCACAGACGAAGCUUGGAGUCAAAGUCAAAACCGUUCGAGAAGCCAGUUAGAAGAAGCGUAUCCGCAAUCGAGCCGCCCAGGGGUGCGUCAAACGCGCGAAUACCCAGAUGUAGGGACGCGCCCAAGUUGACGGACCGCCAGAAGCGUUUUUCCAGCGACCCCGGAUUCGUUAGCAAUCUAUCGAAUAAAAAACUUGCGAUUCCAGAAGCGCGCAACGCAAGAAAAGCGGAAGGCGGACCUGAUAGCAAGAAGGAGAAAUCCAUCGCUAUGAGCGAUGUUAAAAGUUUGCUGAAGAAACGGACGGACGCGGUCAGUAAAAGAGGUCCUAUGAAAGCGGUGCAUCCUGUGGACAAUAUGCAAAAGAAGAGAGCAUCGCUCGGGAGGCAGACCCAGUUUUCUCAAAUCACCACGCCACCAAAAUCAAACAAAGCCACUCCACUGGGUAAUAAGCUAACCAGCAGCACCCCGAUUUCGGACAGUAAUUACACGCGUGAGAAAUCCGCCAAGUCCAAGCCGAUAGCCUCGUCAACGCCGGACGGCCAGAAGAGCAAGAGCGCACCGUUGACGUCUGCUAAUAAAAAACGUAACCUUUCCUGCGAUAUCUCGCCAGUGACUACGCAUGUAAACACGAGCGGCAGCGACGAGCGGAAAGACAGUCCUAAAAGACUGUCCAAGCUGCCGACCCCGAAGAAGUGUACAACGCCCACGCGUCGGCAAAGCGAUGCACUCGGCGUUCCGAAAUUCCUGACGCCGCCGCCGAGACAUCAUUCGUCCGCCAACACGAAUAACCUCAGGUCUCCGAAACGCUUGAACAGGAGCUUAAUCAAUUUCCAACGAUACUCGCCUGUGAGCGAGAAAGGGAACGACGGGAGGACGAGGCAGAGUCCGCUGAGGGACACCAACAGAAUCACUGCGAAAGUCAAGCCGCUUAACUUGAUUUCGAAAAUUAAGCGACACAGCGUCGGUGACUUCGAGAAGGAGAACAGUUACGUGUAAGGGAGAAGAAGAGGAAACGGGAAUUAGAAUGAAUCAUGCGUCGGAGAUUGCCUGCAGUAAAAUCGUCGUGCGAGACGCGGUUGUCCUUUUACUUUUGUGAUAUUUGUAUGUUUUAUAAUAAAAUAUGCGGCGUGAAAGUGUGCGAUUCGGCCGUUCGCGAAUCCCGAAGCUCGAUCUACGGUGUGCUCUUUUACAUCUGGACUUGUAUUUUAUACAAGCGGAUCGAAACGCGUGAAAAAUUUAUCGACGGUGCGCGAUGGCACACGGUACGGUUUAUCGAUCUGCACACAUUUUUUUUAAGUAUCGGCUAUAAAGUGGAAUUUCUAAACGCGAAGAGUACAGUGUAGAUCGGGGCUUGAAUCUCGUCAGAGCGUCAUACACACGCAUGUGUAUCCUUGGAAUUCACCUACACGGCUUUACAAAACGGCUCGAGUUGAUCUAAAGCGACGCGAUAACGAAGUCCGAGAUUUGUGAACGGGCCGACGAGAGAUUCGGAGAACGGCGAAUCGCACGUGAAGGCUUGGGGCUAAGAGUCCGAUGAUUUUUCAAAUUUUAAA